GUUUUUGACCUCGCCAACCCAUCCUUUACUUUGUUGCCCCGACCGUCACCCUUUCUAGUACUCUUUUCCUUGAUACCUAAUCAUGCGUGAAAUCGUCCACCUCCAGACCGGCCAGUGUGGUAACCAAAUCGGUGCCAAGUUUUGGGAGGUUGUGUCUGAUGAGCAUGGUAUCGAGCGGGAUGGUCUUUACAAAGGAACCAACGACAUGCAACUCGAACGUAUCUCGGUUUACUACAAUGAAAUCGGGUCCAACAAAUACGUUCCCCGUGCUGUCUUGGUCGACCUGGAGCCAGGAACCAUGGACUCUGUCCGCUCCGGCCCCCUGGGUGGUUUGUUCCGUCCUGAUAACUUCGUGUUCGGGCAGAGUGGUGCUGGUAACAACUGGGCAAAAGGACAUUACACCGAAGGAGCAGAGCUCGUCGACUCUGUACUCGAUGUCGUUCGUAAGGAGGCUGAAGGCACUGACUGUUUGCAAGGUUUCCAGAUUACUCACUCCCUUGGUGGUGGUACUGGAGCUGGUAUGGGCACUCUCCUGAUCUCGAAGAUUAGAGAAGAAUACCCAGACAGAAUGAUGUGCACGUACUCUGUCGUUCCCAGUCCCAAGGUAUCGGACACCGUUGUUGAACCUUAUAACGCCACGCUCUCUGUUCACCAACUUGUUGAAAACUCUGAUGAGACUUUCUGCAUUGAUAACGAGGCCCUUUACGACAUAUGUUUCCGAACUCUCAAGCUAUCAACACCAACAUACGGUGAUCUCAACCACCUUGUUUCUUUUGUUAUGUCUGGUAUCACGACCUGUCUGCGCUUCCCUGGUCAGCUUAACUCUGACCUAAGAAAACUCGCUGUCAACAUGGUUCCUUUCCCUCGUCUUCACUUUUUCAUGACUGGUUUCGCACCUUUGACUGCUCGUGGUAGCCAACAAUACCGAGCUGUCACUGUUCCUGAGUUGACGCAGCAGAUGUUCGACGCCAAAAACAUGAUGGCUGCCUCCGACCCCAGGCACGGUCGUUACUUGACUGUCGCUGCUGUUUUCCGUGGCAAAGUCUCGAUGAAGGAGGUCGAAGAGCAAAUGCAGAACGUCCAGAACAAGAACUCUGCUUAUUUCGUGGAGUGGAUUCCCAACAACGUACUCUCAGCACAGUGUGACAUCCCUCCCAGAGGUUUGAAGAUGGCUGUUACUUUCUUGGGUAACUCCACUGCCAUCCAAGAGCUCUUCAAGCGUGUCAGCGACCAGUUCACUGCCAUGUUCAAGCGAAAAGCUUUCUUGCAUUGGUACACGCAAGAGGGUAUGGACGAGAUGGAGUUCACGGAAGCAGAGUCGAACAUGCAAGAUUUGGUCGCCGAAUACCAACAAUACCAGGAUGCAACGAUCGAGGAGGAAGGUGAAUACGAGGAGGAGGUUCCUGCAGACGAAGAGUAGACUUAAAAAUUAUCACGCGCUACUUGGCUUUGUUUGUAUCUUCUCAUACUUUUACGAAAACUUAGGUAUUCCUCUAUUGGUGUCUUCCUGUCCGUUGUUUCAUUUGUUCUGUUAAUUCCUGUCACGUCAGUUACUCUAGUCCGCAUGCGUUGUGUCACAUUCAUACACUUCUUCUGGCACAUUCGCCAGAAACAAUACAUUUUAUUGGAAAACGCGAGUUUAUACCCUUUUUUCCGUGUCCUCGAUGUUACGUUACGCCGACACCAACCUAUUAUAAGCAAUUCUAGGCGUCUGAUAUUCACAGUUUGAGGCGUAGGACGAUGAGUGCUGUAAAGUUAUCAGUAUAGCCUGAAUCAGAUUUACUAUUGGCGCUCAAAUUAAAAUCAUUACUCACUGUUUCCGCAGACGUCAUUCGUAUAAAACAGCAUAGCACUAAUACUCCUACUUCCACCCACAUUUAUGAACUAGACAUGGGGAUUAUAAUCUCGUGUAUAACAGGUAUUUUUGCCUGCAUCGGAGGGGCUAUAAUGAGUCUGGUAAGCCUGAUUGCAGGCUGCCUUGAGUGUAUCGUCGGAGCAAUAACCGGAUUCUUCGCUGCUGUAGUAGAUUGUGUAACCGGCUGUCUCUGUUGUGGUAGAGUAUGAGUGGGGGUUCCGGGAUAAAGAAUCCUGGAGCCCUUAGUAUUCACAUUCGCCAGUGGAGUGUAAAGACGGAUUUCUCUCAUAUAUAGACAUUCUUCGGAAAAGUCCGAGUCAUGCUAUUGUAUUGUACAUUACUAUCGAAAGUCCUUUUACAGUAC